AUAGCCUCUCGUUUGCACCCGCUGGACCUACUCCACGUCACGCGCGCUUCCAAGCAGCUCCGAUCCAUCUUGUUGUCGCGCAAAAGCAGAUUUGUGUGGAAGGCCAGUCUGCGAGGCGUGGACGCCAGACUCCCGGCCUGUCCAGACGACAUGAGCGAGCCCGCGUACGCGGCGCUGCUGUUCGACCAGGUCUGCACCCUGUGCAGCGCGUCUCCUGCUCGCCGGGUAGACUACGCCAUCCGCCUGCGGCUCUGCAAGUCUUGCCACAACACCCAUAUCAGGAAGGGAAAGGAGAUCAUCGCCGAGGCCCCGCCCGUCUCGGAGGAACAUGCACGGCUCGCAAUGGCCAUGGUCCCAUGCAAAAUUGAGAAACACCCUUUGGAUGCGGGCUACCAGGGAGACCCGCGCAACCAUGCGGGGUUUAUGAGUUAUUACGUCCCCCAGCUAAUGGCUGCGCUGUCCGCGCCGGUGCGAGCGAGGCGAAAGGAAGAGUCUUUCGACGAUUACGUGGAUGACUUGUGUGCCGACAGCAAAAGGUUGCAUCAGUGCGCGACGGCGGUGCUGCAGUGGAAGCGGGGCGUUGAUCAGCGAGAGCAGCAGGCCAAAGAGGACUUCAAAGCGCGCCGCAAAGCCAUCAUCGUAGAGAAGCUCGUCAGUCUCGGGUAUGAGGAAAGCGAUAUGCCGGACAAUCCAGAAUGGUCAAACCUGGUCGAGCAGACCAAAGAGCUGACUGAAAGGAUCUGGAUCAAUCUCCUGCCGAAGCUCGAGCCACUCUUGCAAGAGGAGAAGGAGCGCAAGACACAUGAAGCGUACCACGGGCGCGUCCAGCGGCGGUUGGAGCAGCUGUCCGGCUACUACAACGAAUGGGUCACAGAUGUCCCCGAGGACGCGCGCGGACUGAUGCCCAACACACACGACGGAGCUCGACUACCCUGCCUCCUCGCCCUCGCGCAAGCCAACGACGCGCAAGGCGACCUCUCCC